CAAGCCACAAGGGUACCAUGGUAGAGGUAUCGUUUAAAAAGAUAAUGCUUUUAACAAGGACUAUCCCCAGAGAAGAGGACAGUAAACACUGAGGACAAUAUAAAUAUUUUGCUUGAGUGAGUGAGUUUUUAGUUUUUAUUCUUUGUCCAUUUGUUUUACAGGCUACAAAAAACAUUCAAGCUUGAGUUAUUACAAAGAUAUGUCUCUUAUUUUAUUGAACUUGUAGAAAACUGUCAAAAUGGCAGCGGUUUUGGGUCAGUUUAUGGAAUUCCAUUCAGUUCAUGGGACAAAUGUGAGACUGGACCCCUCGAGGACUCAAGCCACCCGAGUAGAAAGUUUUGCAAAUGGCGUCUGCUUCAGUAAAGACCCUUUAAGCCCUGGAGAGAUCUUCCUAGUGGAGAUCGAAGAGAAAGAACUGGGUUGGUGUGGUCAUUUAAGGAUUGGACUUACUGCCCACGACCCUCGAACACUGGAAACUGUGCCAGAAUACUCUCUGCCUGAUCUAGUGAAAAUGGGAGACAGCUGGGUAUUUGCAAUAACAAGAAAUCAUAAUAAAGUCAUUGAAGAAGAAGAAGUAGAAGGUGGUGAACAGCCAAAUGUUGGUGAUGAGGCAGAAAACAAGCCUAAAACAUUUUUCACAGACACUCACCUGUAUAUAGAAAACAUAGGCAUACCCAGAGACAAGUUGGUGGGACGCAGUCGACCCGGGAGAUUCAGUCACAUCCUGGACGACCUGUACAAAACCAACGCUCUACCCCCCACUGCCCGUCGCAGUCGGAUAGGGGUUGUCUAUGUACCUAAGGGACAAGGGUAUGCCGACAUGCACAUUAUCGUCAAUGGUGAAGACAUGGGAGCCUCUGCCAAGAGGAUCCCCACCAAUAAGCUGUUGUAUGCUAUUGUGGAUGUAUUUGCAGCUACUAAAAGUGUUCGGAUUGUCCAGGUGGAAUAUGGAUUUGCCUCACUGCAGACACUCUGCCAAAAGACAAUUCAGAAACACAUCAUUCACAGAAUGGCUUUGGACUGGUUGGAACUUCCGGAGUUACUUAAACACUAUUGCAAAUAUGAGUGAGCAUAACCUAUUAAACAUCUGAGCAGCAAAGAUCUUUAAGACUACUGUGGCUGUAAUAUUUUUUG